AUUUAUUUAUUUAUUAUUUCUUUUUUCUAGAGAUUAUACGAUUGAGGUAAACCUUAUCCACAAGCAUAUCCAGUCAGUCUGAAUGAACGUCCCUUUGGACAUUGUGUAGUUAGUUACUGUAGAUGCCUGAACAGAAUAAAACACGUCAAGUUAGACGAAAACAGGGAUGAACAAGGCCGGUUGGCUGUUAAACUUCUAGUAUCGUGUCUUCUUUUUGGAUGAUAAUGAAACAUUCAUAUGUUAAAGAUUAUCUUUGUACUAUCUAAAUGUCUUUAAAAGAUUGUUUCAUAUGUACUAUUGACCGAAUAAGCGAAAAUUCUGAUAAUUUGACACUUUCUUAGUGUUGCAGAACCAAUAUAAAGGGAGAAUGACUUGAUACUGUUGAAAAAAGAGCUGUGCACAACAAAGAAUGAAAGGUGAAUUUGUAUUGUUUCUUUCUUUUUUAGGCCUUGUUGCCUCUGUACAAUGUUAUGGUGAGAGAGGAUAUUAUUCUCUGCGGGAAAUGAUGAAGGCUCGGGGCUCAAAAGGAUCAAUGAAUUAUCGUACUGAGGAUGACUAUUCACCGGUAUAUGUAGCUCCCCAGGUGGGUUUGAAGGAAGCUGACAAGAUCAUAAUGUUGCCAGGGCAACCAAAAGUCGACUUCGCUCAGUAUUCGGGCUAUGUAACUGUUGAUCAUAAGGCUGGUCGAGCACUCUUUUAUUAUUUUAGUGAGUCUGAGGAUCCUUCUAGAAAGCCUCUAGUUUUGUGGCUGAAUGGAGGACCAGGGUGCUCGUCAGUAGCAGGCGGAGCAAUGACUGAACUUGGACCAUUCCGGGUUAAUAGCGAUGGUAAAACUCUAUGGUAUAACAAAUACGCCUGGAACAAUUUGGCAAAUGUUCUCUUCUUGGAAUCCCCAGCUGGCGUCGGAUUUUCUUACUCGAAUACAUCUAUGGAUUAUGAUGAUAAACAGACUGCAGUAGAUUCGUACACCUUUUUAGUGAACUGGUUGGAAAGAUUUCCCGAGUACAAAACUCGGGAUUUCUACAUAACUGGAGAGAGUUAUGCCGGUCAUUAUGUGCCUCAACUUGCAGAUUUAAUCCUCGAAAAAAACAAAAUCACAAACCAAACGGUCAUCAAUUUAAAAGGAAUUGCUAUUGGGAAUGCAUAUAUUGAUCUUGAGGACCAGUAUAAUGGCAUUUAUGACUAUUUCUGGACACAUGCUAUGAUGUCGGAUGAGCAUCACGGGGAGAUUGAAUCAACGUGCAAUUUUUCUUCAUCAAACUCCAUAUCGACGGCCUGUAUUGCAGUUCUUGAUAAAGCAGAUGCUGAUAGAGGCAACGUCUUCUUUUAUGAUAUUUAUGCUCCCUUGUGUAUUUCUUCGUCUUCAAAUUCUCCCUCGAAACAGAGUUCAGGAUUCGAUCCAUGCUCAGGGGAUUAUGUCUUCACCUACUUGAACACUCCUGAAGUGCAAAAGGCACUUCAUGCCAAUGUCACUGGAACUCCUGGACCAUGGGACUCUUGCAACGACACCAUAUUUCUUAAUUGGAAGGAUAUGCCGGACUCAGUAUUACCUACAAUUAAGAAGCUGAUGACUAGUGGACUUCGCAUUUGGAUCUACAGUGGAGAUACUGAUGGUAGAGUGCCAGUAACAACAACUAAGUAUUCACUUACAAAACUCGGGUCGCCAGUAAAGACUCCAUGGUAUCCUUGGUACCUCCAUGGUGAGGUUGGAGGUUAUGUAGUUGGAUACCAGAAUCUGACAUUUGUGACUGUACGAGGAGCUGGACAUUUUGUCCCGAGUUACCAGCCUGAGCGCGCGCUAACCUUCUUCUCAUCCUUCUUAGAGGGAAAGCUUCCUCCAGGCAGAGCUAAAUAAGGAUGGAGAUUAAGGCGAAUAAAAUGUUUUUAUUGGUGAAUGACUAAAGUUACCAAGUAUUCAAUAUUCGUUGUCUUGAAAAAGUAUAAUUUCAUUUGCUGUAGUGAAAUGCUUCGUGUUCGAAUUAAUAUUUGAGGUUGUUAGAUUCAACAAAUUGUGAAGUAUAAA